UGCCCGCAUGUGUAUAUAUAGUAAAUGCCGGUGUUCAGUAAAGUAUCCAGUCAAUUGGUAGCUGCAGAGUUGAACAGUACCAACAGCAGGCAACAAGGCAGAAGCGACAAGCAUUAUGGCGUUCGGUGCUACGAUCCAAGUAGCUUUUCUAGGACUCCUAGUUGUGUCCACCGCAUUUGCGGACGUCAAGUCGUUGGAUAAAAACGAUAAGAAAAGAGACACUUUAUUCAACCCAUCAUUCUCAUUUGGAGCCAAAACUUUUGGCACAUCAACCCCAGCCCCAUUUGCAUUUGGCAGCUCAUUCUCGUCAACUGCUUCACCAUUCAAAUCCGUUUCUUACAGCUCCACACCAGCUCCGUUCGCAUUCGGUAACUCUUUUGCGUCAAACGCCUACUCCAAUGCUGCUGCAGCUCAAUCUUUCGAUGCAGCAUCAUUCAUUGGAUCUUCCACACCUGCUCCAUUCUACGAUGGAUCUUUCGUUUCUUCCACUCCAGCUGCUCUGAUUGGUUCAUCUACACCAGCACCUUUCAUAUCUGGUGCCGCACUAUCAGAUUCAAGCUUUGCAUAUUCUUCCACCCCGGCUUCAAUUUUAACAGGUGGAGCUUCACCCGUUGUUUCAUCUAACCCAGAAGCGGUUCUUUUAAAUAGGUCACCCGCUUUUGCUACAUCAUAUGGCUCAUACUAUUCUGGAGCUUUUGCCCCGGCCUACUCUCAAGGAACAAUCAUCAAGUCUGACUCAAUUAGCCACGAUGCUGUUGAAGUUCCAGUCGUAUCUAACGCCCCUGCACCCCACCAUGAAGUUACCAUCCAUAAGGAAGUUCCAGUUCCAUACUACGUCCAAGUUGAAAAGAGAGUUCCAUACCCCGUCUAUGUUCGUGUACCACACCCAUACCAAGUCACAGUAGAAAAACACGUGCCAUACGCAGUACAAGUUAAUGUAGACCGCCCAAUUAACGUUCCUCAGCCAUAUCCAGUCGAAGUUGAAAAGAGAGUGCCAUAUCCAGUUGAAAAGCCAGUACCUUAUGAAGUGAAAGUCCCAGUCGACAGACCGUACGCAGUUCCAGUUCCAGUUGAAAAACCCGUCCCAUACGCAGUUGAGAAACCCGUGCCUUACCCAGUGAGAGUAAAUGUUGACAGACCUUACCCUGUUGACAAACCAGUGCCAUACCCAGUACCUGUCGAAAAGCCAGUGCCAUACGCCGUAGAAAAGGCUGUGCCAUACCCAGUAGAAAAAUUAGUCCCAUAUGCCGUUGAAAAGAGGGUUCCCUAUCCAGUAAGGUACGAAGUUCCAGUUAAUGUUCCAGUUCCAGUAGAAGUUAAGGUUCCAGUAUCCGUGGAUAGGCCCGUCCCAUAUCCCGUAGAAAAGAGAGUUCCAUAUCCAGUUCAAGUUCCAGUUGAAGUUAAGGUCCCAGUCCCGGUUUCAGCUCCAGCUCAACGUUUCGCCACUGUUCACUAUUAUCAACAAUCUCCAGUCGCUUUAGGAUAUGAAUCCAGUCAAGCUCUCAUUGGCCAAUCUGGUUACAAAGCGUUCUCAUCCGGUUUGGCUCAAGGUUCUGGAAGUGCAUUCUACAGCUCUACUCCAGCCUCUGGAAGUGCAUUCUACAGCUCUACUCCAGCAUCUGAAAGUGCAUUCUACAGCUCUACCGCUAGCCCAAUAACCUCGUACAGCUCAACUGCCAGCCCAGCUGGUUUCUUCGGCUCAAACGUCGUCCAAGAUGGUUUCGUUAGUUCAUCAGCUGCUCCAUUCAGUUUCGGCCAACAAUCUUUCUUCGGAUCUUCGACACCAGCUCCAUUCAACACUUUCUCUGCUGAUUCGGCAUCAUCUGACGCAUCAUCUCUUUUCAAGUCCGCUAGUGUUGGAUCUGAAAGUCAAUCAAAGGUUUCCAUUGGAGGUGCAUCUUUGAAGUCACAGGAAUUGAAAGCUGACAACUUUGAUGUUAUCAAGAAAUAAAUUUAAGUAAAAACUUAAGAUUAUCUGAUAUAUUCAUGAUUUUUAUGUCCAGUAAAUAAUGGAAAAAUAUUCUAUAUAUUUUUGUGUUUAAAUGAGUUCUUUUGUUUAGAUCAUAAACAAAAUGUUUAAUUAAUCGUCUAUAAUAUUAUAAAAAUAUAAUGUUAUUGAUUGAUUCAUAUAUAGUUAUGCUUGCUGUAUUCUAUUUACCUUUUAUUGAUUUUGUGUAAAUACAUUAUAGCUAAAAUAUAAAUAAAUAGAUUUUUGGUUUAUUAUUUAUAAAUUAAUAAUAACAUAACAAACUUAAAUAAUCUUAAAACAAAUAUAAUAAUAAUUUACUUUAUUGUAUUCAUAAACGUAAUUUGUAUAUUUUCAUUUUUUAGUGCCGUUGGAUUAUUAUAUUCAUUGACAUAAAAUUCGCUGAACUUUUAUAAGCAAUAAUGAUUUUUUUUUUGAAUAAAACUAAUUCAAACAAA